GUCCUACGAUGGCGCCUUAAUAUAUCAUCGCCCAGCUUCCUCCCUUCCAACGGUCUGUCCCUCCCAAACUCUUCACUUCAUCCAUCCUCUCUAGUCAUUAUCGUUAUCGUCUCCCUCUACAGCUCAACCAAUAUGCGGUGUCCUCAACCAGCUGAUUGCCCAUCCGAUGACGGCGACCGGUCGGAUAUUGGGAGCUGCUUAGAUUCGGACAACAAUUCAACAGAACUUGAUACUGAUUUCGAGGAAGAUGACGAGGCAGACUUUCCGUUGCUCCUCGACGAGGACGAAGACAGCCCUUUAGAAUACUACCAUAAUGAAGAGGAUGAGGGGUAUCGGUUUUAUUUUCCCUACCGAUAAUGAUUGGAAUUUAUGUGGCUCUCGUCGGAAUUUGUUCCAUUUUCUCU